AUGAAAUCAGUAGUCCCAUCGCUGAUAAGCUGUUCAGUAUUGGCAGCAGUAUGCGCCAUUGGAAGUGUGGAAGCGUUUGUGACACCUUCCAGGACCAAUGUACAAGCCGAGCCUAGAAUCUCGAGGAACUAUCUUUUCAAGUCGAACACCGUCAACAGAAAAAGAUCAAAUCAAAUAUCACUGCGAUCGCUCUCAGAGGAAAAUGAUCCGCAACUAUCCAAUGGUGAAGCCUCCAUUGUUGAUUACACCAAGAUGAAGCCACAAGUAUAUGGCCAGAGAUGGGUCCAACUAGCAUACCUGAGUAUGCUCGCAUUGAUGAGUGAUUGGGUCUGCUUCUCAGUGGCAGCUGCACCAGAUGCGUUCGAACAAAGCUUUGGUCACUCAGCAGCUUCCAUUAUUGAUAUCUUUUUGUUUACUAAUGUGGCGACGAGUUUUCUUGUGACAGAUGUGAUCACGAAUUUCGGCAUGCAAAAAGCCAUUCAAUCAGCGGCAGUUCUAAUGGCAUUGGGUUGUUGGCUUCGGGCGGGUUUUGGAUUUCUGCCAGGGCAAGAUGGACUGGUGGAUUACACAUUGUUGGUGAUUGGCACCGUGUUUGUGGGUAUCGCACAACCCUUCUUUCAGUGCACGCCACCAUUGUUAAGUGCCACAUGGUUCGCCAACAACGAAAGAUCCACAAGCACAGCCAUUGCUCUGAACUUUAAUCAAAUAGGGAUUGCCACAGCAUUCUUGGUGGGUGGUUCCAUGGCUACCAACACCAAGGGAUUGGAAAAUUACUUGGGGUUGAUUGCUGUCGCGACCACUCUAAUCUCAGUUGGCACACUACUUCAAUUUGAAAACGCACCACCAACUCCCCCUUCCGCCUCGGAACUCGAGAAGAAGAUCAAGGGUGAAGUGGAACCACCAUUUUUGGAAUCUGUACAAAAGUUCUUCAACACGAGAGGGUUCUCAAAUGCACUGGCGGCGUUUAUAUGUAGUAUUUCCAUCACAAAUGUCGUUGGUGCUUUUAUUGAUGAUGUCAUGACACGCGGUGGGGUUACAGGGCAAUUCCAAAUCGACUUGGCUGGUGCAGGCUUUGAAGUGGCAAUCGUGAUAGGAGGAAUCGUAUUGGGUGGAUAUGUGGAUCGAACAAAGGAUUACAAAAUUGUUACCAUGGCUUGCUUGGCUGCUACUGCCUUGUUUGUUCUCCCUCUCGGACUAACGGAUCAUGCGCUGGGACGGGAACCACUGCUUAUGGUAGCAGCUUUGUUGGGCCUGGGUGUAGCAGCUGGUCCCGUGCAGCCCAUUAAUGCUGAGUUGGCGGUCGACGUUACCUACCCUGGAGAUGAGACUGCGGUCGAGAGUGUGCAGCAGAUUGGGGGGAAUCUAAUCUCUGCUCUGUUGAUACCGAUAGCAGAAUAUGCAUCCAAAACUGACUUCACUUUGAUGAAGGGUGUGCCAGGAAUCGAAAGCGACAUUCGAGGUGAUGUCGUUCUGUUAGUGGCUCUAGCCUUUCUUACCCUGGCCUACUUUUCACAGUUUGAUGCACCACUGAUGCGAUCCGCUGCAGAUGAAGGAUCAGAAGAGGAAUCCGACGCCGACGACUGUGAUGAUGCCGUUAUAAAUGUGGAUUCUGAAGAAUUGGCAUCUCAAUUAUGA